AUGGGUGCCCGUAAUCCUAUAGCCUUCAGGCCUGGCCCGGUCACGUUCUGGACCACAUUAGCCUACCUCGCUUUACUUAUACCUCUAGUCCUCAUUCACGAGACCGUCCCACCCGCCCCUUCACCGGACAGAAUCGAAGCUGGUCUCAACCUCACCGAGGCCUGGGCCGAUCUUGCUACGUUGGCCCGGGCCUACCAUCCAUAUAACAGCCGAGAAAAUGAUCUCGUUCGUGCAUGGCUACUCCGGCGUGUACACGAGAUCAAGACAGAAAAUGGAGCAGCCGAUAAGAACCUCGUCAUCUUUGAUGACAAUAUUAGCAAUGUCACCCUAGUGGGCGAAGAGAGGGCCCCAAAGCCUCUGCAAGGCCCAGACUUUCAGCCCAAGACGAUUGGCACGUACUUUGAGGGCAACAACAUCAUUGUCUAUAUCCGCGGCACAGAUGAUCCCGCUGGUACUUGGUGGGAAGACACCCAUCACGAGGACAAGGUCAUCGGCAGGGGAGGCGUUCUCGUAAAUGCACACUUUGACUCCGUGUCCACGGGGUUUGGCGCCACGGAUGACGGAAUGGCUGUUGUAUCUGUCCUUCAGCUCAUCAAGUACUUCUCGGCGCAUGGUAACCAGCCACAGAAAGGAAUCGUCGCUCUUCUGAACAACAACGAGGAGGAUUGGCUCUGGGGUUCCCGUGCCUUCGGAAGCCAUCCACUCAUGCCAUUCUGCCACACUUUCUUGAACCUCGAAGGAGCUGCAGCUGGAGGCAGGGCAAAUCUUUUCAGGACCACCGAUGCAGAGGUUACUCGAGCUUAUCGAGGAGGCCCAAACCCGUUUGGCUCCGUCGUCUCUUCGGAUGCAUGGGGUCUUGGUGUCAUUCGCAGCGGAACUGAUUACUCGGUCUUCCAUGACAUAUACGGCAUGCGAGGGCUGGACCUCGCCUUUUAUCGUCCCCGCGCGCGAUACCACACAAAUCAGGAUGAUACGCGUCAUACAUCUGUGGACAGUCUCUGGCACAUGCUAUCGCACUCUGUUCAUACAACAAAGAGCCUGUCUGGAGAUACCGGUGACACGUUUGUUGGGGAUCGUUCUGACGGAAACCGGAAAAAGGUUUCCAACGGAGCCCCCACUGACGGUGUCUGGUUCGACCUUUUUGGAAAGGCUUUCGUCCUGUUUGAUCUCCAUGAUCUCUUCGCAUGGUCUCUAACGCUCCUGAUCGUCACCCCACUCGCUCUCAUGCUGUUCACCUAUGUCCUGGUCCGAAGCGACAAAUACUACUUCUUCUCCUCAACGAAAGCUGCUUAUGACGAAGCUGCCCUUGAGCCAGUAACACUUGGUGGUCGAAAAGGUAUCAUCCGUUUUCCCUUGGCUCUACUUUUUGCAGGAGGCCUGGUCAUAGCAUCGGCAUACCUGAUUAGAAAGAUCAACCCUUUCGUCAUCUACAGCUACGAGUACACAGUCUGGACCAUGAUGCUGUCGCUGUUCUAUUUUGCCUUCUGGGUUAUUAUGGCCGGUGCGAAUUUUGUUCGACCGAGUGCAUUGCAUCGCGGCUUUGUUCUCUUUUGGCUUUUCACCAUUACAUGGGCUCUCCUGGUCGCAGUCACAGUCUUCGAGGAUCGUUUCCACAUUGCAGCCGGCUACCCAUUCGUCUUCCUCCAGACUGCGGUAUUCUUCGCUACCCUACUAGCUCUCUUCGAACUUUUUGGUUUACCAAAGAAGACUACGUUUGCGAAGAAAGUCUAUGAUGACCACGACACACGCGAUUUUACAAACGUGCGCAUAGAUGAUCGCGAAAGAAGUGAUUCAACUGACCAAGGCGUGAACGAGGCGAGUGCCGAUGUGAACGGUGGAAAUGAUAACGACGAUGGCCAAGCACCAGCUGAGGAGCCUGACGAAGAGCCUGAUGAGACGAGUCCAUUGGUCGGUGGAAGCAGCAAGAAGGAUCGCAAGACCACUUUUGGUACAGUCUAUCGGCGUUCGAUCUCUGCCAUCAUGGACAACACGACGACCGACGACAGUGCCAUAACUGAACCAUUCGGUCAUGAGCAGUUGUGGUCUGGCAGGCUUCCGAGCUGGCUAUGGUUUUUCCAAUUUCUUCUUAUCGGGCCGUUCUUCCUUGUUCUGUUCGGACAACUCGGUCUCGAACUUGUUGCUUCUGUGAAAGAAACCGGUGCUGAUGGUGGAAGCACCUUGAUCCCUUAUCUUUUGGUUGCCAUCGUCAGCAUUCUUUUGGUUCUUCCUACCACUCCAUUCAUACACCGGGUGACGCAUCAUAUUCCUGUCUUCCUUCUCGUUGUCUUUGCCGCAACACUGGCUUACAAUCUUCUCGCUUUCCCUUUCAGUGCCUCCAGCAGAUACAAGAUCUACUUCUCUCAGGACAUCAACUUAGAUACCGGGAAAUCAUCUAUUCAUUUCAUGGGCGUGGAGGAAUAUGUUCGUCAGGCGUUGGCCCCAAUACCAUCUGCUAUGGGCAGGCAGGUUGUAUGCGAGACCAAAGCAUCUGACAGGCCAGAUAUGGGUUACUGCACCUACGAUGGCUCAAGUGUACUUCCAAAGAUUAGCAGCGGAAAUAGAACGCUCGCGGACUGGAUCAGCUUCAACCCUAAGCGAUACGCCAACAAGCUACAUUUCCGGCUCGAUGGCAUCGAAACGAGGACUUGUGGCGUACGGUUCUCAAAACCUGUCGCAAGCUUCGUGGUGUCGGGAGGCAGUUCCCCUGAUAGUCGUUUCGGGUCAGUGCCUGAAAAGGGCUUGGACAGCAUCAUGCUCUACCGUCGCAAUUGGAGUCAACCAUGGAUAGUGGAUGUCGAAUGGCCUAAGCAGACGGAUGUGAGCAACAAGAUCGACGUCGAGGUAUUUUGUAAGUGGAAUGAUGCGAACAGGCCAGGUACUAUUCCCGCGCUCGAACAAGCGCUUCAAUAUACCCCGGACUGGGUGGCAAUCACGAAGCUGAAUGAUGGACUGGUUUAUGGUAAAAAGUCUUAUGCGGUUUAG